UUCACUAACCCGGAUAUUGUUUGGGUUUCAGCAGCAGAGGGCUGCAAGUAUCCUAACUGUUUAAUGUACUUUUGCAUGUUUAUAUCCUGUAAAGUUGUAACUGGAUUGUUUUUUUGUUCUGUUUUUAUUCUGCCGGCGGUGUCUUGAGCAUUUCUUGGUGUUAGCGACUGUUACAGAGCGUGCUAACAGGUGCUUUAUCCAGGUGAAUGUUGGGAGUUCGAGCUCUGUUUGGUAUCGGUCUUCUUGUGUCAUCACGAGGAGGCUCUGUCUUGACCCAUACAGGCGCAUGUGCACGUGUUGCCAGCACCAUCUACAGUAAAGAUCUCGCUCACAGACAGGCCUGCACUAUGGCCAAUACAAUCAAGUACUUGGGGCAAGAAGAGGCUCAGCACAUUGACGAGGAGCUGUUCAACGAGUACCGCUUCAGUGUGGAUCAGUUAAUGGAGCUGGCCGGUCUGAGCUGUGCCACGGCUGUGUCAAAGGGCUAUCCUCUACAAUCACUGCUCAAGAGUCCACCUAGAGUUCUGGUGAUCUGUGGACCAGGAAAUAAUGGAGGAGAUGGGUUGGUUUGUGCUAGACAUCUCAAACUGUUUGGAUAUGAACCUUCUGUGUUGUACCCAAAGCGCCCCAGCAAACAGCUGUUCCAGAAUCUUACCACCCAGUGUGAGAAGAUGGAUAUAUCCUUCCUGACAGAGAUGCCUGAGGCUGAUGUGAUUGAUGAAGUGUAUAAUUUGGUGGUGGACGCCAUCUUUGGAUUCAGUUUUAAGGGUGCGGUGCGAGAGCCAUUCGGUGACAUCCUCUCCCAGCUAAAGAAGAUCACUGUGCCCAUUGCUAGCGUUGACAUACCUUCAGGCUGGGAUGUGGAGAACGGCUGUCCUGAUGGGAUUCAGCCUGACAUGCUCCUCUCCCUCACAGCCCCUAAGAAAGCAGCCAAUCACUUCAAAGGACGCUACCACUUCCUGGGAGGACGAUUCGUUCCUCCUGCACUUGAGCAGAAGUACCAGCUAAAUCUGCCUCAAUACCCAGACACUGACUGUGUUUAUCAGUUGAACUGAGCAGUAAAUCCUUCAAGUCAUUUUUGUGUCACUAAUUAAAAAAAAAAAAAAUCCCUGGGUUAUAACUUUGAUUUAACACUCUGAAUAAUUUUUCCAUUUUUCUCGUAAUGGGUAGAUAUGGACUUGAUUAAUCAGUGUCAGUCAGUAAUUGUGAAACUCCUUAUUGCCAAGGAUUGUUACAGAUUGUUUCGGAG